UGUGCUAAAUCCGCCCUUCUUUUCAAAUUAGUAAGUACCUUUUGGGGAAAGAAAAACACAAGCCCUAAACGUGUUGUAGAAUGGUGGAUGGGAGUAACAUUGAUGUGGAGAAACUGAAGUUGUUUAGUAAAGAUCUCGUUGGUUUCUUGAAGGAUGAUAAAGACGCUUGUUUCUUCAAACAGUGUUUAGAGCAGUCUAAUGCUCUUCAAUCACACUCUCAUUCUCAGUACCAGCUCCUUCGAGAUUCCAUUCAAGAUUAUCAAGAAAAGAUAAAUGCGUGCAAGCAGAGAACAACAGAAGCACAAUCUGAAGCUGCUGCAGAUGCUGAAAUAGAUAAGCUGCAGAAAGAGUUAGAACAGGAGAUCCAGAGAGAACAGCUGCUAAGAGAAGAACUUAGAGUUAUAACCGAUGAGGUCAAUGAUUUAGAUCAUCAAAGAGCCUCUAUUGAGGAGCAAAGACAAUUGCUCAAGAAACUCGAGCAAGAUCAGCUUCGAGCAGAGAUGAAGCUAUCAUUGUAUGCCUCUGUUACAAGUAUCAUCCCGGACUUGGACGAUCAAUCCAAAAUAUCAGGACAAAUCGUGGAGAGAGAUAAGAAGGUGGUUGAAAAUUUCGAAUUUGAUUCAUCAAAGCUAACUACCUUUGACACUUGUAACAGCAUCUGGAAGAUGAUUAAUUCGUAAGAAGCAGCAACAAUGCUCAGGGGAGGCGUAGUUAUCACUUGGAUUGUUAGAGUACCUCAUCUCCGUGGCUGAUUUAGAUUUAAUCUAAUCUUAUCUUUCAUAUGUUCACCUGCUCUAGUGUUUGCUUGUCAAUUUUCUUACAAGCUGCUUUCUGGGAAAUGAAAUAAUUUCCGACCCUUUCAUUUUUUCUUUUUCCUUUGUUUGUCUGGUCCUGCGGUCAUCUUUAGUUUGUAUUUGUGUAGUACAAGGUGUGUGGAGGCUUUGCUAAGAUGUUGCUUAUUUCUUGUAACUACAUUUAACUAGUAUAGGAAUCAUUGCAUUUCCCGUGUA